UGAUUAACUAACGCCUACACGACGGGCAACCUAUCGCAGUUGCAGAAUGUUUUGAAGCUUCAGGUUAAUCCAGGCGUCUCUCCAGAAAGCUAAUAUUUGCUGGUGCUACUCAGAUUUGGAUAUCCAGUUCUUUCUCUCCCAGAAACAGUUGUCUGUCUGGUCGCUGAAAUGGGGUGUUGCUGGUCGAAGAAAUCAAGGAGAAAAUCUCCUGACAAGGAGCCUGCUCUGUCGGAUAUCGAAGAGGACGUAACCAACAAUAUUACUGCGACCAGCACCGAGGAUAAUGCCACGGCGAUAAGCACCAACAACACUGAAGAGGCACCGAAACAAUAUAGCUGGGACAAGCGACCAAAGGUGGACCCAAAAGAUUUCAUGCUGACCGGCCUCAAGGACGUCACCGUGGGACGCUUGCCUGGCAAGCUGAACGGCCAGCAGUUUGUCAUCCAGGACUGUGAGAACUGCAACAUCUACGUGUUUGACCACUCGGCCACCAUCACCAUUGACGACUGUGUGAACUGCAGGAUCAUGCUGGGACCAGUGAAGGGCAGCGUGUUCUUCAGGGAUUGUAAAGACAUUAAGUGCGUGGUGGCCUGCCAGCAGUUUCGCACCCGCGACUGCAAGAAGAUGGACACCUUCCUGUGCUGUGCCACACAGCCCAUCAUUGAGUCGUCCACGGGCAUGAAGUUCGCCUGCUACCAGUACUACUACCCGGACCUGGCCUUCCACUUCAAGGACGCAGGACUGAGCAUCUUCAAUAACAACUGGAGCAACAUCCACGACUUCACCCCGGUUUCCGGGGAGACCAACUGGAGCUUGCUGUCAGAGGAGGCGGCAGUGCUGGACUAUGUCCCUGUGCCGGACUCCGAAUCAGAGUUUAAGUCCAUUCGGAUACUGGCUGAGGCAUCACGGAGCAUCGUCCCACUGACCAGAGGAGGCAGGCGCAAGGGCAGCGACGAGUCCUGUCUUUUUGUCUUCUUUGCUGGUGACUACACUACUGCCAAUGCCCGGAAACUCAUUGAUGAGGCAAGCACAAAGAACUUUGUGCUGGUCCAAACCAAAGAAGUGUCCAUGCGCCCCGAUGAUGUCCUCAGAGUCUUUGGGGACAGUGCCGAGGGGCUGCUUGACUAUGUUGCCAAGGGUGCAGUUGUUGCUCUGGAGCUAAAUGGGGACGGGGUGGUUGCGGCCUGCCGUACGAUUGCCAACGAGGUCUUCAGUGGCUGCAAGGUGUUUGUCUCUGAAAACAAAGACUCAGCGUCCAGAGACGUGGACAACUUUUUCAACUUUGCUGACAUGCAAAUGGGGUUGUGAGGACGAGGGGAAAAAAAUAACAGCACCUGAAUAUGGAUGUAGUUUUUUUGUUUGUUUUUGUUUUACAUAUUUUUUUAUGUCCGUCCUCUUUUUACCGUCAGUAUUGUGAACUGAGUGACUUGCAGUCCACUUCAGUUCGCAACGAUCAUCAAGCUCACUAGGUACCUUUUUGCAAAUCAGACUAUUUAUUGAAUGUUUCAGAAUGACGCUGUUAACGCCUUGUGCACUGAAUUCACGCCACGCUGUACAUGAUCACUGACAUCUUUUCCGUGCAAAAGCAUCCCCUGUCGUAGCGAGCAGAGAUCAGCACACCGGACAAUCAGAUUUUUAGCUUGUUGUGCUGAAUGUGUUUUCAUCUGGGUUUUUUUUAGGGAUUUAAUUUAUAGUCAUCUCGUGAAAUAAGACAAAAGAAAUUAAUUUUACAUCAAUGAAAGAUUUUGUAAGAUUUUUCUAUAGCUCACUGCUUAUAAUGUAUAUAGUUGUUGAAAAUGAAAAAAAUGUUGUGUAA